AUAAACGAAAGCUUAAAACGUUAAACUAUAUCUAUCGAUAUUCAAUAGUAUUUCAAGUUGUUUCGUGGUCAUCACUAAAGAUAAAAAGUUUCGCUAAGUUUGCAAAAUUCUGUAGUGCGUUGGUUUUAGUUACAGUUUAUUGGUGUUUUUUAUUCGAAAAUAGUUGUGAAUGUUGUUUGUUUUCGUUGAAUAUUAUAAUGUAGUGUUAUUUUGGUUUGCAUUCUUAGUGCCCGGCGAGUAUAGCUGAAUGUGUUUUUCGCAGUUUUGAUGUCCUUUGUUUAUUUUCAAUAAAAACUGUUUAUAUCUUCCAGUGACUGCAUUGGAAUAAAUAACUCUCUGAUAUUUUAUAAAUGAGCCGUUAAGGAAAUAAAAUUAAAAAUAAAUAAUUUUUAAGUCAUGAUGAAUAUUGAACUGCUCACAUCUAACAAACAUCCAAUAUGCGUGCUGAACGAACUGGAUGUAGAUUACAGUUUCAAAGACCUGAUGGUGUUGGGGCCCCCUCAUAACCGCAUGUUUGGAGUAGAAAUUACUGUGGCGGACAUGACGUUUGAAGGGUGGGGCCACAGCAAGCGAGAGGCACGCGCAGCCGCCGCACGCGCCUGCCUCGCCGCGUUCCUGGCGCGCGCCGGCCGCGUGAUGCCCACAAACGACAAGCCACAGGACUUCACCGCUGACGAAAAUCUCUACUCCGCUUCCGAGUUCCAGAGUAUGGACACGACAACAUCGGAGACUGUCUCCAUACCGGACAUGAGCAAUCAGAUUAAAAACAAACAAGGGAACUCUUCCCCGGCGGUGACGCCGUCCCCGGCGCGGCACUCUUCGGCUCCCACGUGGGCCCCACCUCGCACAAGAGUCCCAUCAACUUGCUGUAUGAGAACUACCCCGGCUCACCUUCACAUGCACCUUCGAGCUGGUUCACCGCUGGAUUCUGCUCAGGCUCCACUCCAACUGGCCCACAGCAUGAGGUUCAAAGUGGUGUGUCAGAUCAAGGAGCAGAAGUUUGAGGGAUACGGCUCGAGCAAGAAGCUGGCGAAGCUGGCGGCGGCGCGCAGCGCGCUCGCCGUGCUCGAGGAGCGCCGCGUCGAGCCCCUCGCGCCGCACCACCCCGCGCGCACCGGCUUCCUGCACCAGACCCUCGCCGACCACAUCGCCAAUAUAAUAAACGAGAAAUUCAGCGAUAUGAUGAAGCUGGACGUCAUGCACUCGAAACGCAAGGCGCUCGCCGGCAUCGUCAUCACGAUCAACAACAACAUGAAAGACGCCAGG